UGAAGUCAAUGAAACAAACACAACAAAUAUGAAAAACUAAGCUAGAUUUUUAAGUAGAGUUAACUAGGUUGAUCUAUAACCAGAAGUAAAGAAGAUAAGCAAAUCUGAUAAAUCAUUGGCUUUGAGAGAGGUGAUGAACAAAUGCAUAUGGCAGACCACAUGUGGUGGGGAUUAAAGAUAUGAUCUGCACCGUCUAUCAAAAGAACGAAAGAUAAGCAUUGUUUUGUUUUGUUUUGAUUUGUUUUUUUUUUUUUGGUUUUGGACAGUUGGGAGAAAGAGGAAAUGUGUCCCACAAAUGUCCCCCUAGAAGAUGGGACAUACUUUGCCUCAAUGUUGCUGUUACUGCUACCGACAAGCUUAGCAUGUUUCUCUGUUUUUUUUCCUUUGUCCUUAAUUCAAAAAUAGUUUCUUCUAUAAAACAAUUAGCGUCCACAAAGCCUCAUCUUCAUCUUCACCAUCAAAUUCUAUAUAACCAAUAGCUUUCAUUUCUCCUGUGUGAAAAUGGAUGAGUUUGUUAACCUAAAGGAAACGGAGCUGAGGCUAGGAUUACCAGGAACAGACAAUGUGAGUGAAGAAAUAGAAAGAGUUUCUUGCAAUAAAAGAGCAUUACAAGGUGACACUGAGAAUGAGACUGAAUCAUCAAUGAUGAAAAUGGAAACUUGCCCUCCAAGAAAGGCUCAAAUUGUUGGAUGGCCACCAGUUAGGUCUUCCAGGAAGAACAUCAUUCAGACAAAGAAGAAUGAAUCUGAUAGUGAGGGUGGUCGAGGAGUCUAUGUGAAAGUAAGCAUGGAUGGUGCACCAUACUUGAGGAAAAUAGAUUUGAGUUGUUACAAAGGAUACAAAGAGUUGCUCAAAGCUUUAGAGAUAAUGUUCAAUUUCUCUGUGGGAGAGUAUUUUGAAAGAGAAGGAUAUAAAGGUUCAGAUUUUGUGCCUACUUAUGAAGACAAAGAUGGUGACUGGAUGCUCAUUGGAGAUGUUCCAUGGGAGAUGUUUGUAUGCACUUGCAAGAGAUUAAGGAUCAUGAAAGGAUCAGAAGCCAAAGGUUUAGGAUGCGGUGUAUGAGACAAAGCUACAAGAACCUAAAGAGAGCAGAGUUUCUUUUGGUCAAGAAAAAUCUGUUUGUGCUCGGGUUGUCGGGGAAGAUCUAAUGUUCAGGAUACCUCAUCGGUGAAACUCGAAUGUAGAGAUGCUUAAUGGUAUUAAGCACAUGAAACUGGAACCUAAAUACUUUUUGUUUUUGUUUCAGAAACAGGGCAAACGGUUGUCCUUGAGUCUUUGGUUAUGUACUUAUGUAUUACAUUUUUAAGAAGUGUUGUGAAGAUUGAAGAGUUUUUCUAAUGUGUGUAGCAAUCUGUUUUGUAUUCUCAUUGAUCAAAAGAGAUUUUCAAGCAAUACCAAUAUUUCUGUUUUUGGUUCUCAA